CGGAAAAUCACUCACAGACACAUUUUAUUCCAAUUUUUCUUCGGAGUGCCUGGUCGUGUCGUCGGUUUAGCGGUUCAUUUUCGUGUCAACAAAGUUAAAGAUAAUGAAAAAAAGGAUCAGAUGUUCAUCUUGGGAGGAGAUUUUUUGUUCAGUAUGGCAGAAAAACUCUACCCCACGGAAGCAAUGAUGGAUGAAGUGUCGUAUGAUGUAUUAGUGCAAAAACUUAAGGAGAGACUUGAUAAAACUGAUUCAGUCUUACUCCGAAGAUAUAAUUUCGGCACAAAGGUGCAACAACCGGGAGAAUCGGCAAGCGAUUUUAUAUUUUCGUUAAAACUCCAAGCGGAACAUUGCGAAUUUGGGGAGCAAAAGAAUCGUCUUAUUCUUGAUCGUAUUUUGGUUGGGUUGUCUGAUGGCUCGCUUAAGCAUCGUCUAUUUACGGAGGAUAGCUCCAAAUUAACGCUUGAACAGGCGGAGAAUAUUAUCGCUACGUGGGAAAUGGCGGCUACUCAUUCAAAAGCUUUAACGAACAGCGAUGUCGAUUUGGUAGCUUCACUGGACACUAGGUACCCUUUGACUCAAGGUAGAGGUGCGGUUAUUCAACGGAUGAGGAGAGCUCAGCAAAAUUUUCACGGUUCGGUAAAAAGUCGGCUUGGUGUUCGACCUGAAAUACGACCGGCGGAAGAUAGUCAGAGAGUACAGUUUCACUCACAGCGUUUUGAACAUCGUGAUUCGUCGGCUAGUUCAGCUCGUGGUCAAUACAAAAUGGACGACCAACAAUGGCCGAUUGAUCAGCGUAUCUGCUAUCAUUGCGGACGUAGAGGACAUGUGCGAAGGAAAUGCUACAAGUGGAAGAACGAGAGCGGCAAGACGGUUAAUCGUGUUGACGCACAGGAAUGUAUUACCAGUGCAAACCAUUCAGCAGAACCAUUAGAUAGCUUGAGGAUCCAAGAUUCGGACUCAGAUGGUAAUAUCUCAGGUGAUUUACAGUGUAUGAACAUUUCUUCCAUAAACAAGAUAAGCAAUCCAUGUUUAUUGGAUGUUAAUAUUGAAAAUAUUCCUGUACAGAUGGAAGUUGACAGUGGUUCUUCUGUUUCAGUAAUUGGAAAAGAAUUGUUUGUUUCUAAAUUCAGCCUUCCUUUAUUUGAAUGCUCUAAACAACUGAUAGUGAUAAAUGGUUCCAGGUUGAAGAUAUCUGGGGAAGUUAAGGUUAAGGUUGAAUAUAAAGGAAGAAAAGCUAAAUUGCGAUUAUUGGUCCUUGAUUGUAGUUAUCAUUUUAUUCCAUUAUUGGGCCGACCAUGGUUGGAUGGUUUCUUUCCCAACUGGAGAAAUUAUUUCCUGGACGAUUGGAUGCCAGUGAACAAUAUUACAAAGAUAUACAAUGAAACAUUGAUUACUGAUUUAAAAUUUCCAUUUUCUGAUAUACGUGUCAAGAAACUAUGUAAACCGGUAAACAAUUUUGGAACUGAUUCGAUUGGAAAAAGUAUCGUUCCAAAGAUUGAAUCAGUAUAUGACGUUCGUUUUCUUUUGAAACAAAAUGUUUUGAAGUAUUUUGAUAAGUUAAUGGUGAUUUUCGAUAAAGAGGACAUUUAUUCAGUAUUUGCAACUAGAUUUCAAGCUGAGGUGAUUAUUUCACAAAAUAGUCAAACCGAUAUAAUAAAAUUGGCAAAUAGAAGUAACACUGGUGACGCAAAAAUGAAAAGACGCAUAGUUUACUGGAAUAGGUUAAGCACUACUAUUAAAAGGUUUUUUGCUGCUUGUUAUGUUUGUGCAAGUAUGGCAAGUGUUACAAAACAACAAAUUAUUUCAAAAUGGACACCAUAUUUCUCUAAAUGGGUGGAGGAAGAGAUUAUAAGAAAAGGAACCAGUAUUCCAGAAGUUUUGAUGGAACUGUUUGAAUUCUUUGCUCGUUUUGGACUGCCAGACGUUUUAGUAUCUGACAAUGGUCCUCCGUUCAACUCGCAUUCCUUUAAAAGUUUUCUGGAUAGACAGGGUAUAAAAGUUUUAAACAGUCCUUCAUAUAAUCCUGCUAGUAAUGGCCAGGCAGAGAGACUGAUAAGAACGGUAAAAUAUGUUCUUAAAAAGUUCUUAUUGGAACCGGGAAUGCUAGAAUUGAAUUUGGAAGAUCGGAUAGAUCUAUUCCUAAUAAAUUAUAGAAACCAUAAUAUGACGAUGGAGGGCAGUUUUCCUUCUGAAAAAGUAUUUUUCUAUACUCCAAAAAUGUUAAUCGGUUUGGUUAACCCUAAGAAACACUAUGAAAAAAUGUUAGCGACUUAUACUCUAAUUGAUGAUGAUACAAAAUCGGAUCAUGACAAUAAGGCGGAUCUGCCUGAUCUACUAGAUACUCUGACACCAGGAGAUAGUGUGUGGUAUAAACACAAUAUGUCUCAUAUACGUGGAAAAUGGAUUAAGGCAUCAGUUUUAAAACAUUGCUCUAAAAAUUUAUUGCAGAUCAUGGUUGGAAACGAGGCGACUACUACGGUUCAUCGAAGCCAAAUAAGAAUCGUUACGAAUAAACAAGGUUCACCAUAUCAGCCAAGACCAUCGAUGCGAGUGGUCAAGACUGGUCGGCCAAUCCUGACUGUCGAGGAACCUGUAGUGGCAACACAAGAUGGAAGCGAUGUCCGGCAAAUACCAGAUCGAAAUGCUAUCCAACCGUCGAAUCGACGACACGACCAGACACUCCGAAGAAAAAUUACCAUUAAAUUUGUCCUUUGACGAUUUACCAACAGUUACCAUAAAUUUAGCGACCCCUUGAUAACGGUGAAAAUAAAUUUAUCGUGCAACACUGUUUAAGUUGCUACGAGCUAGUUACCAAGGGACCCCAGACUAAAUAAACAAAUAGUCUGCAAGAGAUCACGGAAUAUGGGAAAGGUCUUGUAUCAGAAACAACGUUGCGAAUCUGGAAGGUUCUCCAUUCGAAUCUUGGCGAGAGAUGUAUAUCAACCGACCACGAGUUUAUUGCACGAAUGCUACAUCAGUCGCACCAGUAACUUGUACUUGGGAGAAAAUAGCUUUUAGGAUUUCAAAUCAAUCAAUUUGUGCAAUAUUUUUACAACAAAUGAUUUUUCGACGUUGAAAAAGUACUAUUGCUGACCGGUCCUGAGGAACCGAAAAGUUCACUUUCUAAGCUGAAAACUGGAUCUCCCGCACAAAAUGAAAUAUUCAAAGGUCACAGGUACAACGAAAAAUCAUCACUACAUUUCAUUAUUUUGUUUGUCAUUCUAAAGGCUGCACAACGACAAAGCGAAACCGAUCUAAUGUACAAAUUAACGACCAGGUCGAAAGAAACAAAUUGCAUCAGAAAAAUUGCAAUGAGAAAUUGCAUGAGCAAAGCGUAGCUUUAGUAUUGUGCAACAAUGGCCAUUUUCCUAAUACUGUUAAUUACCCUUUAAACAUGUAAUAAAAUGUAUUCUUUCGUUUCAAUACUUAACAUAAAAUAAUUAGUUUUCUAUUAGUAUCAUCUUGCCAAAAAUAUUCACAGUUUUUGUAGAACCACGAAUAAAUAU